UGGGUGUCGGGGGUCCCUCUGCCCGCCCUCCGCUGGCAGCACCUCACGCCCCUGCCGCCCCAGCUCCCGAGAGCCCCGGUAGCGGCCUCAACGCCCCCGCCCCAGGGAGCUCAGCAUGCAGCCCACAGGCUUCGGGAACUUCUUGCUGCUCGCAUCCUCCCUUCUCCUCCCAGGACUGUCAGCUGUUCCUCAGAGCUUCUCGCCCUCUCUGAGGAGCGGCCCAGGCGCGGGGUGCCGGCUGUCACGCGCGGAGUCAGAGCGCCGCUGCCGGGCGCCCGGGCAGCCUCCAGGGGGCGCUCUGUGCCACGGCCGCGGCCGGUGCGACUGCGGCGUGUGCAUCUGUCACGUGCCCCAGCCGGGCAUGUACUUCGGGCCGCUGUGCGAGUGCCAGGAGUGGGUGUGCGAGACCUACGACGGCAGCGUGUGCGCAGGCCAUGGAAAGUGUGACUGCGGUAAGUGUGAGUGUGAGCCUGGAUGGUGGGGGGCUGCCUGCCAGUACCCCACUCACUGUGACCUGACAAAGAAAGAAAGCAACGAGAUGUGCAAGAAUUCUCAGGAUAUCAUCUGCUCAAAUGCAGGUACAUGUCACUGCGGCAGGUGUAAGUGUGAUAAUACCGAUGGAAAUGGAUUGGUUUAUGGUAAAUUUUGUGAGUGUGAUGAUAGAGAAUGCAUAGAUGAUGAAACAGAAGAAAUAUGUGGAGGCCAUGGCAAGUGUUACUGUGGAAACUGUUACUGCGAGGCUGGUUGGCAUGGGGAUAAAUGUGAAUUCCAGUGUGCUGUCACCCCCUGGGAGACCAAGCAAAGAUGCACAUCUCCAGAUGGCCAGAUCUGCAGUAACAGAGGCACGUGUGUGUGUGGGGAGUGCUCCUGCCACGACGUCGACCCGACCGGGGACUGGGGCGACAUCCACGGGCCCACCUGCCAGUGCGACGAGCGGGACUGUCGGGCCGUCUACGACCGCUACUCCGACGACUUCUGCUCGGGUCAUGGGCAGUGUAACUGCGGAAGAUGCUACUGCAAUGCGGGCUGGUCCGGGAAGAAGUGCGAGCACCCGCGCUCCUGCGCGCUGUCGGCGGAGGAGAGCGCAGAGAAGUGCCGGGGCAGCUCCGGCCUGCCCUGCUCCGGAAGGGGUAAAUGUGAGUGUGGGAGCUGCACCUGCUACCCCCCGGGGGACCGCAGGGUGUACGGCAGGACGUGCGAGUGUGACGACCGGCGCUGUGAGGACCUCGAGGGCAUGGUCUGCGGAGGCCACGGCUCGUGUUCCUGCGGUCGCUGUGUUUGUGAGCGAGGAUGGUUCGGGAAACUCUGCCAACAUCCACGCAAGUGUAACCUGACGGAGGACCAGAGCCAGAGCCUGUGCGAGGCGGCAGAUGGGACGCUGUGCUCAGGAAAGGGUUCCUGUCACUGUGGAAAGUGCAUUUGCUCUGCGGAGGAGUGGUAUGUUUCCGGAGAAUUCUGCGACUGUGACGACAGGGACUGCGACAAACACGAUGGUCUCAUCUGCACAGGAAACGGCAUUUGCAGCUGCGGGAACUGUGAAUGCUGGGACGGCUGGAACGGCAACGCGUGUGAGAUCUGGCUCGGCACGGAGUAUCCGUGACAGUCCCGAAGAAGGGGGCGGGAGUCUUCCUGCUGCAGGCCUCUGGAACAGAUAAUGCUAGGAAGCCGUGUGUAAUCCCCACGUGGACAGAUCCACGUUUCUCUGUGUCGCAAUGCCUGGAUGAAAUACGGGCACCCAUUAAAAGUGAGUUGAACAAACUCUGAUGUCAAUGACACCGGAAAGAAUUUUUCUUCCAUAAUUU